UUAGCUGCAAAAAAAAACAUGGGAAACCUCUUUCUUCUCCAGUGGCUGGUCUUUCUCAUAUCUGCAACGAAACACUCGUUUUGUUUGCCUGCAGAUCACAAGCAAAACAUGUUCACGUUUUUCAAAAAGAGCAUCGAUUUACCAGGUCCUACGAUGUCAUUUAAAGAAACCUUGGUGACGGGAAUUUUUGAAUUUGAAUUUAAAACUUUUGUGGAACACGCGUUGUUGCUUUAUCAAGACGAUCAAGGGAUUAACGACUACCUUAGGAUAACAAUCAGUGGGGGAAAGAUCGAAUUGACACUUGGAGUGGGCAGCGUUCAACCACCUUCCUUCGUAACGGAAAUGCUGUAUAAUGAUUUGAAGUGGCACAAAAUAAGAAUUCAAUGGAAUACAACUCAUUUCAAGUUGAUCAUAGAUGGAAAGUUGAUGAAAGUGCUAUCGAUAGGUCCACCAAAUCUUACAAGUCAUAUGCACUUAGGGGGACUUGCGAAGAGGGAACGCGACUCUCUAUCAGACUUCGAUGUUUUUAAAAUUUACUUUACUAGUUCGGGGGACACUUCCAAAAGAGGAUAUUUUUUUGGAUGCGUGCGGAAAAUUAAAUAUGGUAAUUCAAGCGAGGCCAAUUUGCUACCAAUUAGCGAUAUUCCAAGCCAACGAUUUUUUGUCACCGAAGGAAACUGCACGCUGACGGUGUGUGAUAUGCCGCGGGUGGAUAAUCUUCAUGGAAAUUGUGACAACAAAGGUGUUUGCAAACCUGACGGUAAGGGAUCUGCAACGUGUGACUGCAGAUGGACUGGUUAUGAGGGACCCACGUGCACCGAAGAUGCCUUGCGUCUUAUUCUAAACGGCUCCUAUAAAAUAGCGUACAAACCACAGGUUUCCAUGAGUGGGAAGCAACAACGAUUCUCAUUAAGAAUCAGAACAUCUCAAGAAAACGCCAUUAUUCUUGCUGCAGACGUUGAAGAAGGAAGGUCGGAUUCGCUGAAGAUGGAAAUAAAAGAUUCCAGAUUCGUUGUAACUUCAGGUGGCAAUAGUUUGAACUCUAAUGUGACAGUUACUGACAACAAAUGGCACUUCGUAAGCUUUCGAAGAGAUGAAAAAACACUUUCGCUGAACGUUGAUGAGAUCGGUGUGUCAAGAAAAUCCGAUUCAAAUAUAAACUACAACGUUUUGUACAUCGGGGAGAAAAGCAGUCGCUUAAAUAAAACCAUUGAAAUCGAAGAUUUUAUUUGGGAAUAUCAGAAUAAUGAAAUAAAUUUCAUUAAAGAAGUUUAUGCAUCGUUCGGAAAGUCGAGCAGUAAUUACAAGAUCGUACCAGAUGGGAUUAUGCCAUUAUUUAACAAGAAAAUGUCGACAAAUGUGACAUUGAGCACAACAUUUACCCCCAUGGAUGGUUGUAAAAUGGCGAACAAGAAAUGCCAUUCAAAUGCGUACUGCAGUGAAAAUGGCGAAUCAUUUGAUUGUGUUUGCAAGACAGGCUUUUCCGGCAAUGGAUCUCAGAACUGUGCAGACAUAGAUGAAUGUACAAGAUCACCUUGUCACGAGCGUGCGCAAUGUAUUAAUACGAAUGGUUCAUACAAGUGCUUGUGCGAACCAGGUCUUUCUGGAGACGGACAUCACAAUUGUUCAGAUAUAGACGAAUGCGCCCAGACCCCUGCGCCAUGUCUUAGCGAAUGUAAUAACACAAUCGGAUCUUAUUUAUGCCGUUGCCCAAGCGGGUUCACUGGAGAUGGAAAACACAACUGCACAGAUAUAGACGAAUGUGCUACGAACGGUACUUGUAAGGAUUAUGAGCAGUGUAAAAACACCGAAGGAUCGUACACGUGUGUGAGAGUAUGUGACCCGGGUUAUCACGAAGGUGGUGAGGACAACUGCGAAGAUAUUGACGAAUGCGUUCAAAGCAAGACAAUUUGUCAUCAUCUGGCGACCUGUAUAAACACUCCAGGAUCAUUCUCCUGUCAGUGUCCGCGCGACCAUGAUGGCGAUGGUAUUUCCACUUGUGUCCUGAGCAAUCCUUGCGAUCUUUUUCCUUGUUUUCGCGGCUUGAAUUGCGUGGAAGUUCCCAAUGGUAAUUACAGUUGUGAAGAAUGUCCGCCUCCGUAUUUUAUUGGUGAUGGAAAGGAUUGUGCGCGAAAUAAAAGCUCAAAUGUCGUGUCCAAAAAGACUACAUUGGUUUUGAGAAAAGAAAAAUGGACUGAUGAGCUGAAAGACAAGUCGUCUGACGUUUACAAAACACUGGAAUCUCGAUUGACUAAAAAAAUCAGGAAAAUAUACGAGAACCAUCCUGAAUUCGUCUAUGCGCUCAUCAACAAAUUCAGAAAGGGGAGCGUUUUGGCUGAAUUGGAGGUUCUGUUCAAAGAAGAUCUAAAAGAACCUUUUGAACCGUUGAAAGAAGCAAUUAAAAAUGGAGACAUGAGAAACAUGACUCUAGAAAUACGUGAACCAGUUUCAGCUACGGAUGAUUCGAAAACUGAGAAAAUUGUUGGUCUGAAAAAAGCCAUUUUUAUUUCCAUUGUGUCCCUGGCAGCUGGCGUGUGCAUACUUGGUGUAACAAUGGUCGUAUUUUUGCUGAUUCUUCAAAAAGGUAGGCGACAGCGGGCAAAGAUUGACAACGGAGGACAGGAGAAAAUUGUCAAUACGACUGAGCCGCAGGGCUUGCUGUAUAAAACGUCUGCUGACGAGGCCAAUGGCGAUGAAUAA